UUAAAAAUAGAUUUUUGCAUAUUAUAAUAUUUUAGAAAUAAAACGUAAUUUGAAUGAAAAUCGAACUACAUUUGAAUUUUGAAAGGAUUUGUGGAAAGAAUGGAACGUGCGUUACGGUCUGUAAUAUCCUUAACAUUGCUACUGCUUCCCAAUGGAAGCAUUCAGAUUAGUCAUAACUUAAACUUUCUAAGAGAUUAUGAAAUUACGAGAAUUUCUUUUCAUUUCCAAAAAUACAAUAGAACAAACACAUCUGUGAUAGAAACAUUUGAAGUUUUGACCGUGAAUUUCGAGGCUUUCCAAAAAAUUUACCAUCUUCGACUCUUCGAGGAAGAAACACUUUCCAGACAUUUUGUAGAAGAAACAAAGAAUUUUUCCACGUAUCGAGGAUUUGUGGAAAGAGAAAAUCGUUCCGAAGUUAUCGGAUAUUUUCGCCAUAAUAUUUUCGUCGGACAAAUUUACUUACCGGACGAAAUUCUUUAUUUGGAAUCGGCCGCUCAUUAUUUAAAUGAUUCGAAGUACGAAGAUUCGGUUCUGGUUUAUAAAGAAAGUGACGUCGUCUAUCGAGAUGCGGACUCUAAGACAAGAUUUCACGACUUCUACGCAAAAAGUAAUAAGAAUGAUGUUAACAUCGCUGAAAGUAAUUUAAAGGACCGAAAAUUUUGCUUAGUUCAAUUAGUCUCCGAUUACACCUUUUCCGAAAGUAUGAAUUUCGAUGAAAAUCUAAUAAAAGCCGAAAUGAUUCAUAUGAUGAAACAAGUGGACAACAUUUUCAAACAUACAGACUUUGAUGAAGAUGGAAAACCCGAUGGUAUUGGUAUUUUUAUAGCGGAAAUCUUUAUCAAGAGAAACUUACCAGAAAAUAUCUCUUUGGUCACCAACUCUCGGGAAUUUCUACAUUUUGCAUCGUUAGAUAUUCAGAUGUCUUGUUUAUCUGUGUGGUUUUGCUACAGAAACUUUGAAGAUCACGUAGCUUACUCUUACCAUCCUCUCGAGAGCGCUAACGAAACUGGAGGAAUAUGUCAAAUGCCCAUCAAAGAUGAGGAAACGGGAAAAUGGCAUAGCAAGAACAUAGUUUACGUUACUUAUAUUCAUUAUGAUCAGCGACUUCCCGCUCCUGUCGUCUUGGCGAAGUUGAUUCACGAAAUUGGACAUUGUUUCGGUAGUCCAAAUGAUCCUCCAAACGAUCCCGUGUGUAGUCCCGAUGACGUUCACGAAGCAUUCGGAAAUUAUAUAAUGCACGAGGAAUUUGUCGAUGGGAUCCAAGCGAACAACCAAAUAUUCUCGUUGUGUAGUCGAAGAGCUAUCCACAAUUUCAUGCUGAGAAAAGGGCGAUGUUUAAAUGUAAGUUUAAAAUCGGUGUGUGGCGAUGGUAUCACCGAACAAGACGAAGAAUGCGAUUGUGGUUAUAAAGAAAUUUGUGACUUGAUCGACGAUUGUUGCGUGCCAGUGGAUGGAAAUUAUUCAGACAAAGAAUGUACGUUCAGGAGAUCUUUAUCAAAGCGAUGCAGUCCUCACGAAUCGGAAUGCUGCAAUACAGAUUGCAAAGUGGUAGGACGGGAAGAACACGUGACAUGUUUUCCGGAAAAUCCCUGCAAGAAAGAAUCUGUCUGUAAUGGUAAAUCUGAAACUUGUCCUCUUGCAGAAUAUAAAACUGAUGGAAGUCCCUGUUUAGGAACGUUCCUGACGUGUCGUUCCGGGGAAUGUUCUAGCAAUCCCUGUCUGGAUCAUAAUCUGACAAUGUGCAAUUGUUCUCCAGAAAGUGGCGAAGAGUGUCACGUUUGCUGUUUUAACGAAUGGCAUGUUUGUCAAUCCGUAUCUAAGUUUGGAUUUCUUGCCCCGAAUGGAAGACUAUUUCUGAAAUUCCCUAAAACUAAAUGCGCCAAAGAGAAGGGAGAAUGCAAUAGCAACGGAGCUUGCAUGGUGACAGAGAAUCCAGAAAAAAUGUGGAUCUCUUUGUAUUGGCCUUACCUGGUAUUAUUCAUAGUAUCUUUUCCCGUAGCCUGUCUAAUUCUUUUAUAUGUCAUUAAGAAGAGACAAAGUACAACACCAAAUUCAAACGCGAUAACACCACAGACGUCGAAUACGAACCCCAAGUUCAGCUAUCAACCUUCCUAUCUAAAUGUAGAAUCUAAUCUAGAUCAACAACACUCAACAGUGUUUGGUCGUCAGUUUUAAUUAAACACGCGAAAUGUAAAUUUAUUGUAGAAAUUUAUAAAUAAAAUUUGGUUUAUUUUAAAUCUUAAAGUG